AUGAAGCCCAUGUCGGCACAUGAUAAGAAAACAUUGGACACUGCUGUGGCUCUAGCAAACGAAAUUACCUCUAGAUCCAUGACCGAUCUGGAAAGCGACAAAAAACCUGCAACAUCAGCGAGUGAACGCUCCAAGUUUCCAUUCAAGUUUCCGCUAGUAUCAUCGCUGCAUCAUGCUUCUCAUCAUGAAGCAGAUAAAGAAGCCCCUGAUAAAGCGGAACGUCGUAAUUUUAGCGAGGAAGCUAAAAGCGUUCCAGACAUUCAGGCUACAAUAACCAAGGAAUGUAAGCAAGCGUACGAGAGCUUAAUCGAGAAACCUACGCCGUCAAUGGUGAUCGCGCAACUAACCAAUGACAUGCCAAUCACCAGCAUCAAAGUAUUGACGAUUCCGAUGCCUGCGCCACGGCAACACGUUGGACAACACCAUUCGCUACAGAAACAAAUGCCGCACCAAACCAGGAAAAUCGCCACAGAAAUAUCAACCACUUUUAAAAAAGACGACGAGGACCACGUAAACAUGGUACCUUUACCGCCACGCGGCAGUAAACCAAAACUGGUCGACAAGCCAAGGCAUAUCAGAAAGUAUCCGCUACGUUUACCGACCGAAAUCGUCGAAAAACCACCUGUUAUACCACCACCUCAAGUGAAAGCCCCAUCGGCAAUCUAUCAGAACACUGUUAGCUGUUCCAUACCAUUAAGUAGAGCCGAAUUAAAAAUAAAUGACGUUCACAAACCAGCAAACAACGCUGGCAUUGACGUGUUUGACGGUCCCGAGAUAAAAGUUCACACAAAUCCGUUCACGACUCGGCCGGAAAGCAUUCCCGGACCCAGUUCGGCGAAUCCUUUCAUACAUUACCUCGAAGAUAAUCUCGCCCAAUUAUCCGAUGACGAUUCUGAAGACGAAGAGAGCGUCGAAAAGGAUUUUGAGAGAAUGUCACUGACUAAAGAUCACGUGUCGGUUGAAGAUUUACUGGAAUUUGCUGAUCAAAAGCCAUCUGCAAGGCAGCGCGGUGUGGAAUCCGAUGAAGUAAGAAUCAUGAACAAAGUGCUCAAGAAGCAGGUAACGCCCGAGGAAUGUCUCGAAGCUCUAGAAUUUAGCGGUUGGAACGUCCACAUAGCGAUCAAAUUGCUGAGGGUUAAGAUCUCUGUAGGCGACGCUGCUGCCGUGACAUUCGAAGAUUGCCGUCGAGAGCUGGAAACUGCUGAGGGCGAUAUAGUAAAGGCAUCUGCCUCCUCCAAUAUGGAGGACACGCGUUACCACGCGGCGACAUCAAUAAGAAAAAGACGACGACCAUUCAUCAUCGGCCAGCUUUAA